AUGUCGAAUACCAACAUUAUCUACCAUCGACUGGGCAGAAAUGGACCCAAAGUCCCUGCUCUUGGCUUUGGUGCAAUGGGAUUCACUUCUUUCUACGGGAGCCGUAUGAGCGAUGACGAGAGCCACGAGGUUCUCAAAGAGGCUGUCGAAGCAGGAUGCGCUCUCAUUGAUACCAACCUUUUAUAUGGAAUGGGAGAAAAUGAAAGACUCCUUGGCAGCCUGCUCAAGGAUUCCGAAUUCCGCUCCAAGGUCUUCAUUUGCACAAAAUUUGGAACCUUCAUCACACCUGAAGGCGAAUUUGGCAUCUCUGGAAAGCCAGAAUACGCCGGCCAGUGCUGUGAAGAGUCUUUAAAAAUCUUCAGGUGGAUUACAUUGAUCUUUACUAUCAGAACAGGAGAGGAGAUUCGUCGCGCUCAUGCCAUCGCACCCAUCUCUGCUUUGCAAAUCGAGUUCUCCCCCUUCACUCCAGAUAUUCGCGAGAAUGGACUUCUCGAUACUUGCCGUGAACUCGGGAUCGCUAUUAUCGCAUACAGCCCCCUUGGAAGAGGCUUUCUGACUGGCGCAUACAAGAGUGUGGACGACUUUGAAGAGGGUGACUUCCGCCGCAACAAUCCUCGUUUCCAGGGAGAAGCAUUCAAAGAGAACCUCAAGCUCGUCGAUGCUCUGAAAGAGAUCGCCGACAAGAAAGGUGUUACCCCAAGCCAACUAACGCUAGCUUGGGUACUCUCUCAAGGUGACGACUUCUUCGCCAUCCCUGGAACCAAGAAGAUCAAAUAUCUUCAGGAGAACGUCAGUGCCUGCGAUGUGAAGCUCACUCAGGAGGACAUCUCAUCUAUCGAAGAAAUCCUCAAUCGUAUCAAGGUCAUUGGAGACAGUGCCCGCACUUGGUUUCGGGGAAAUGGCCAGUCACGAAAACGUUUUGGACGCCUCAGCGCCUUCUACGGGAACCGCGUCAGCGAUGAUGAGAGUCGUGAAGUCUUGAGAGCUGCCGUCGAAGCAGGUUGCACUUUCAUUGAUACUUCCAAUGUCUAUGGCCCACCCAUGGGCAAGAACGAGGAGCUAAUUGGCUCUUUACUCAAGGAUCCGGCCUUCCGCUCAAAGGUUUUUAUCUGCACCAAGUUUGGUGCCUAUUUCAGCGACAAGGGCGGGCUCGGAUGUAACGGCACUCCAGAAUAUGUUCGGAAAUGCUGUGAAGAAUUACGCUACGCGACCGUUCUGGCUCUGUCUCGAGGUGGAUCGGACUAUAACCAUCGAGGAAACCUGGAAGGAGUUGAAAAGCUGAAGGAAGAGGGCAAAGUUAGGUAUCUUGGCAUCUCCGAAGCGACGGUGGACGAAAUUAGACGUGCACAUGCCGUGACCCCCACCUCUGCCGCUCAGAUCGAGGGAGAGGCGUUCAAGGAGAACUUGAAACUUGUCGAUGCUUUGAAAGAGAUUGCCGACGAGAAAGGUGUUACUGCCAGCCAGCUGACCUUGGCGUGGGUGUUCGCCCAAGGUGACGAUAUCUUCGCCAUUCCAGGAACCAAGAAAAUUAAAUAUCUGAAAGAGAACAUUGGCAGUCGUGAUGUUCAAUUGACCAACGAAGAUUUCAAGGCCAUUGACGAUAUCCUUGAGCGCAUCAAGGUUGUGGGCGAAAGAUAUACUGGCGGUGCCAGUGCAGCCGGGACUGCGUUCUAG